ACCAGUCAGACCUCCGAGCACGAAGAAGAGGCAGAUCUCGCGAUACUUCCCGUGACUCCGCGUGCGGUCUCCUCCUUUGUGUUAGGGUUAGGGUUAGUGCUUCACAGCUCGAGCUCAUCAGCUGUUUUUAGGAGGCUUCGCGUCACAACAUCCGUCCACGGGUCGAUAUAACAGUCCAGACUGUCCGUCACCUGCCCGCCACGUUCACAGUGAACCACCUGCGGCGUCUCCAUGGCGUUAAGACGAGGACACAUCAGGUACCUGAAGGUGUGUGAGGUUCAGACGUCUCAGAACGAUGUCAGAGAUGGUCAACACGCCGCCAAAGGACCUGCUGUAAAGGAGCUGUACGAUAACGGAUACAGCGAGCAGAUGAUGGAGGACGAAGACGCCCGGACCAACCUGAUCGUGAACUACCUGCCGCAGAGCAUGAGCCAAGAUGAGCUGCGGAGUCUUUUCAGCAGCGUUGGCGACGUCGAGUCCGCCAAACUCAUCCGGGACAAAGUGGCAGGCCACAGUUUAGGUUACGGCUUUGUUAACUUUGUUAACCCUAGUGAUGCAGAGAGGGCUAUCAGUACCCUCAAUGGCCUGAGGCUACAGUCUAAAACUAUCAAGGUUUCGUUUGCGCGGCCGAGUUCGGACAUGAUCAAAGAUGCAAAUCUUUACAUCAGUGGGCUGCCGAGGACGCUGAGUCAGCAGGACCUGGAGGACAUGUUCACUCGCUUCGGACACAUCAUCAACUCCAGAGUGCUGGUGGACCAGGCCUCCGGUAACACACACAGUCUGUCACGGGGCGUGGCCUUCAUCCGGUUCGAUAAGAGGUCUGAGGCAGAGGAUGCUGUCAAACACCUAAAUGGACACACACCCCCCGGAAGCUCUGAGCCAAUCACAGUCAAGUUCGCUGCCAACCCGAACCAGGCCAGGAACUCCCAGAUGAUGUCACAGAUGUAUCACGGCCAAUCACGACGCUUUGGAGGACCUGUCCAUCACCAGGCCCAGAGGUUCAGGUUUUCUCCAAUGAGUGUCGACCACAUGGGCGGUGGCAGCAGCGUGUCGGGGAACUCGUCCACUGGUUGGUGCAUCUUCAUCUAUAAUCUGGGUCAGGACGCAGACGAGGCCAUCCUGUGGCAGAUGUUUGGACCGUUUGGUGCCGUUGUCAACGUAAAAGUGAUCCGAGAUUUUAACACCAACAAGUGCAAAGGCUUCGGCUUCGUCACCAUGACGAACUACGAGGAGGCCGCCAUGGCAAUCCACAGCCUGAACGGGUACCGACUGGGAGACAAAGUCCUGCAGGUGUCCUUCAAGACCAGCAAGGGACACAAGUAGAGAAGGAGAGGGGUAGAAGGAGUGUGUGGGGGGAGGGGGGUUAGGAGGAAGAGAAGGAAACAAACCUAUCAGAUGUUUUUUUUUUUUUUCUUUUUGUCAAUUCAGUGAGUUGUUUGUCAUUGUUUUUUUGUUUUCUUUUUCCCCAGCAUGCCUGGUUUCUUUGAGGCUGUGUGACUGCAGAAUUUGACUUUUAAUUUGAAUCUAAAUGUUUUUCCACAAAUGAGUCAAAGUUAACGAGACAAAGAAAAUCAGACUUUGUGAUUCAGUUUUUUGUUUUCUGUUUAAACAAAGCAAAGCAGUCACUGACAACAGAUUAAAAUAUAUUCCAUGUAUAAUUAUUAAAGCUGUAUCUCAGAUUCACGUUAUAAACAGUCGUUCAUGUAGAAUAAUCAUCUUGAGUCAUGAUUGACAGCUCUCGACCAAUAAGCACGCAGGAGGUUUGUCAAUAUUUUAUUUCAUUUUUUAUAAAGUUUAAAAAUACCUGACAUACAGAAAAUUAAACCUUGUGUACUGAUGGAUUUUUCAUUUCUUUUGAAUUGCAGCUACUUGUGAUGUUGGACUAUUAAUUCAAUAAUAAAUCUGUUUAUGGAAAAUUUUGUGACUAA